AUGGUCUCCCCUUCUCGGCUCUGGAGUUCCGCGUUGAGAUCCCCCAACUCCAGCUGCCCCGGGGAGGUGGUAACCACGGCGAGGAGGGGCUUGAAGCUGAAUCCCGACGACAUAGAGCUCAACUACCUGGAAGCUUCUGCACACCAUGCGCUGGGUGAUUUUGAGGCAGCGCUGCAUCAGUAUACUCACAUCCUCGGGCUCUCGCCCACAGACAGCCACACCUCCACUCUCCAGGGCAUGGCAUUUUACCAGAGGGAGAUAGCAGCCUACACAGUAUCCAAGCUGGACCUUCCAUUUGCUCAGUUCCGACUGGACUACGAGCUUAACAAUGAACUCAAGGAAGCAUGGGUGCGAAAGCAGUCGCCCCUCUCCAUCCUCCCUGCCUACCGCCCCCUCCCCAUCCGCCUCGUUCGCAACCCCCCUCUCAUCCGCUUCUCCCCCCAAGUGCGGGCUCUAAUUGCCAAGGCGGACGAAAUCGGGCGGCGCACGCAGUACUUUGUGGAUGGCUUCAUGCCGCACAAAAGACAACACCGCAUGGCGGGGCUUGCCGCCCUGGAUCUGAUGCAGAGGGUGAAUGCCACGUGGCAGCACAUGAUUGAGGAACGGAAGGCAAGAGAUGGGGAUGGGGAGGAGGAGGGUGAAAGGCUCAGGGAGAGCGAGGGAGACGACAAGGAUAGCAGGAACAACAAGAAUAUCAGCGGUGAAAGUGAUGGUGAUAGUAGUGAAGGUACCAGUAGUGGAAGGAGCAGCAACGACAAAAGGGCGAGUGGGAGAGGGGCACAGAGAGGCUCCCGACGGAAAACACCCCGAGUGUCCCUCAAAUCCUCCGCAGCAGGGAAGAGAUCCAACGGCCGAGAUAAGCCCAUCGGCUCAUCGGGCCGAUCCAACGGUGCACAGCUGAUCUCCGGGUGGAGAGACAUGUUCGAUGGGAUCAUACGGUGGAGGCAGCAUGCUGAGCCCUGCGAUACAAUCACAUGGAUCGACCAGCUCAAAAACGAGUACCCCAAGGGCUUCGGUACAAUCACAGCCAUGCGCGUGGGGCAGAUGCAUAACCUGAAAUACUACCCGUUUCAGGACUGGGCGUUUGAGGUUAUGAGAUCCGUUCUGCUGGAGACUGAAAUGGCGUCGAAUGCAACCAACUGGCCGCUGCCGGUGCCGCGGCGGGUGCAUGGGAAGGCGAUAGAGGCGGCGGGGGAUUUCGGGGAUUUACACCGCGUGGUGGGGGAGAACUUCUUUGUUACCACUCAGUGUUACAGCGAGGCGUUUCCCGGGCGAGUGAUGAACGGCACCCAGCUGACCCUGGUGGAGGCCUCAGGCUCGUAUGACUUCACCAUUCGUACAGCCGUCACGCCGGAGCGCAGUGCCGAAUUUUUCCAGGAGCUGCACAAGACAUGGGAGGAGCUCAGUGAGGCCGCCACUGACACGCACUUGCGGGCCACUGACUUUCACCUGUACCGGCAGCGAGUGAGGGAGGGGGUGCUGCGGAUGGGGUACUACUGGUAUCAGUUCAUGCCGCUCACCCGCGGGUCGGCGAUGGUCGGCAUUAUCUCCAUCCUCGGCCUCUCCCUGGCUGCUGACAUGGAAACUCUCUCACUCAUCCCCAAGGAUGUUCAGGUGGACUGGGAGGCGAUCCUAAAUCCGCGUUUUAAGCAGUUCAAUGACUCGGUAUCGCCUUGUAACCGCGCGGAUUCAGGCGCCCGUUUUCCGCGCGCAGACUUGCGCGCCGGGCGGUAUAUCGAGUCAGUUAGAUUGCAUGCUUCGUGGGGGCUGUUGCCGCUGACGUGGCAGCAGCAGCGACAACGACAGCAGGGGGAGUGGCGAGGGGUUCAGGGCAUUAGAGGGGGCAGGGAGGCCCGGCGAAAGUUCAGGGUUUAUGCAGGGGCGAAUUUCGGGGAGGAGCGAUGGAGCCUGAAACGAGCGGGAAGCGGGCUGGAUGGAAGUGAUACUAACGAGGGUAACUCGAAUGACAUUAAUGUCAGGGAUGACUCUAACGGGGGCGAGUUGGAGGGUGAGGGAAGAAGAGAGGAGGAGAGAAGGGGAGGAGUGAAGGAGGAAGGAGGGGAGGUGGAGGGAGAGGGAGAGGAGGUGGGGCAGGGUCAAGUCAAAAAGCCACUUCACGUGGUGCUCGUGUGCCCUCAGAUUCCUGGCAAUACCGGGUCCAUUGCGCGCACAUGUGCUGCCACGGCCGUUCCCCUGCACCUGGUCAAGCCCCUGGGAUUUGACAUCACGGAUUCAAAGCUUAAGAGAGCAGGUCUGGACUACUGGCCGUAUGUGGUGGUGAACGUGCAUGAUAGCUGGGGCACAUUCAUGGAGUAUUUCAACCAGCAGCCGGAGCCCAAGCGGCUGAUUGCCUUUUCCAAACGAGGCUCUGUGCCCCACCAUGAUAUUCAGUAUCAACCAGGUGAUUGGCUGUUGUUUGGGGCUGAAACAUUUGGCCUGCCACCAGAGGCCAUGGAAGAGUGCUCACUUGGGGACUAUGGGGGAGGGAUUGCUCGCAUUCCUAUAGACGAAACAUAUGUCCGCUCUCUAAACCUUGCUGUGUCGGCAGGAGUAGGAGUAUACGAGGCUUUGCGACAGAUUGAAGGCCAUGCAGACGAUACUGUUGUUAGGAAUUAG